ACUUGUCUAUUCAAACCUUGAAUCCGCUCAUUAACAACAAAUGGCAUCUUCAUUUCAAACACUCUCCCACUCAACAACAACGCAAAGAACCCCCAUUAGAUUCUCACAAAUCAAUCAAUCUCCCCCAAAAAACCCACUAAUUUCUUUCCCUGUAAAAGCUUCGAACUUUCCUCUCAGAUUCCCAGCAAUUUCAAUCUCAAAAAGCUCAUUUAAUUUCACACCAAAAUCAGCUUUAAUGGCGAAAUCUGAAAAGGGUUAUUCCAAUGUCGAUAUUUUCGAUUCUGAAGAACAAGUUGCCUUUGAAUUAGCAAAGUUUACUGCCAAUUUAUCAGAUCAUUUUGUCAGUGAAAGGGGCGCUUUCACUGUUGUUGUUUCUGGGGGUUCUCUUAUCAAAUCUCUCAGGAAAUUGGCAGAACCUCCAUACUCGGAUUCAAUUGAUUGGACGAAAUGGCAUGUGUUUUGGGUUGAUGAAAGGGUUGUUCCAAAGGAUCAUCCUGAUAGUAACUACAAGCUUGCCUAUGAUGGUUUCUUGUCUAAGGUUCCUAUCCCCCCUGGUAAUGUCUAUGCUAUUAAUGACUCGCUCUCAGCUGAAGGCGCAGCUGAUGAUUAUGAAACUGGUCUCAAACAACUGGUAAAGACAAACAUAUUAGCAACAUCACCGACAAGUGGUUUUCCGAAAUUUGAUGUCAUGCUCCUCGGGAUGGGUCCUGAUGGACAUGUUGCUUCUUUGUUCCCGGGUCACCCUCUUCUCAAGGAGAGUCAGAGAUGGGUUACCUCUAUCAAUGACUCCCCGAAACCACCACCAGAGAGAAUCACUUUCACCUUCCCUGUAAUCAAUUCCUCGGCCAACAUUGCCCUUGUAGUUUGCGGAAGUGGAAAAGCAGCAGUUGUGAAGGCUGCACUAAGUGGAGACCAGAGCUCUGACAUGCUGCCUGUUCAAAUGGUGUCUCCUGAAGGAGAGCUGAAGUGGUUUUUGGACAAGGAAGCAGCUGCAAUGUUGUAGCUCUCACCGUGUCUUUAGGUAAGUCAGAAGUAUACCUACAUAGGUGAGACCUUGUAUGUUGUAUUUGUUUAUCAGAGUAAACUAAUUUUGCAGAAUAAAAUGGUGGGUAUGCAAUGAGGCUUUGUAUUUGGCAUAAAUUUUCUUGACUAUCUUGUAUGCAUUGUACUAGUACCUCCCCCUCUCAGAAGUUUUAAUAAUAAUAGCAUUAGUUAACAUUCAAUG